GAAAACAUUCCAUAAUUUUCUCUUUUUGUUCUCUCUCUACCUUGCAUUUGAAGGUUUCAACCUUGCUGUUGAAUCUUCUUGGCGUUGGCAGCUGGUACCACAGAAAAUAUCCUUUUUAGGGAGAGAAAGAGAGAGAUUCACAAAGAAAAUGACAACCCAUAUCCAUUAUUUCUUUACAUUCCUUUCUCUUCUAUUUUUAUCUGCUGGCUGCCCAUCUGAUCCUUUUCUUUUUUUUCUCAAAUUUUAAUCCUAAAAUUCCUCUGUUUUUUCUUUCCCUGUUUCUGCUAUCACUUCUUUGGAAAAAAAAAUAUCUUUCUUGAUUUAUUUCAUUCAAUUUUACACUUGCCCUUUUUCUCUUUCUGUACAAAUUUGGCUUUUUGAUCCUUUUUAUUUCACAGUUUGUUGCUUUAGUUAUUCUGGGUUUUCUUCAUCGAUCCUCAGGUUUGAAGAAUUUUCCUUUUUAUCCACCGAAACAUAAGCUUUUAUAUUUUUCUGUGGGUUUGAUUUGGAGAUUGAAAUGAUGAUGAUGACAAUGGAGGGGAUGAUGGAUAAGGGAGUAUUGGAAGAUAUAAUCAGGAGGCUUUUGGACGGGAGAGGGGGCAAGCAGGUGCAGCUAUCUGAAGGAGAAAUCCGUCAAUUAUGUGUAAACGCACGCCAAAUCUUCCUCUCUCAACCUAAUCUCCUUGAGAUAAAUGCUCCCAUUCGCAUCUGUGGUGAUAUACAUGGACAAUAUCAAGACCUCCUGAGGUUAUUUGAAUAUGGUGGCUAUCCUCCAUCAUGCAAUUAUAUAUUUCUUGGAGAUUAUGUUGAUCGAGGGAAGCAAAGUUUGGAGACCAUAUGUCUGCUUCUGGCAUACAAAAUCAGACAUCCUGACAAAAUUUUUCUCUUGAGGGGAAAUCAUGAGGAUGCAAAGAUCAACCGGAUAUAUGGGUUUUAUGAUGAGUGUAAAAGGAGAUUCAAUGUUAGGCUUUGGAAAAUAUUUACCGACUGCUUUAAUUGUUUGCCUGUUGCAGCACUAAUUGAACAGAAGAUACUGUGUAUGCAUGGCGGCCUAUCUCCAGAACUGGAGAAUGUGGACCAAAUAAAGGAAAUUCAGAGGCCUACUGAAAUUCCUGAUGGUGGUCUUCUUUGUGAUCUGCUCUGGUCUGACCCUGAUGCUAAGAUUGAGGGCUGGUCAGACAGUGAUCGAGGUGUUUCCUGUACCUUUGGAGCUGAUCGGGUUGAUGAGUUUUUGGAUAAGAAUGACCUUGAUCUCAUCUGCCGAGGUCAUCAGGUAGUGGAAGAUGGAUAUGAAUUUUUUGCCAACCGCAAAUUGGUCACAAUAUUUUCAGCUCCAAACUAUGGGGGUGAGUUUGACAAUGCAGGUGCUUUAUUGAGUGUUGAUGAAUCUCUAGUGUGUUCCUUUGAGAUAUUGAAGCCAGCUGCGCCGGCAAGCAGUUCAAAGCCGCUUAGGAAGCCUCCUAAAACUGGAAGUGUCUAACAUGGACAAGGGCAUUAUUUUUGGUUUUGAAUAGGAGAUAGAGCAAACUCACUUCAUGCUUCAGUUGAACUCUGUUACAGUUCAAUCUUACAAGAUGAGAAACAUAUACCCAUUUAUUAAAAGGAGCAGAGGACUCAAUUUGCAAUGCAGAUUACUAGAGAAAAUUUCUGUAUAUCAAAAGAGCUAUCCUGGGCAGGAGCUGAAAAUUUCACGUUGAAAUCCAUUUGCUAACUUCCUGUUUCCACCGAUUAGCAUAUGCUAUCUGCAGAAUGAGAAUAGCCUGCAUUGACUUUUAUUGAGCUUGUACGAGUACCAGCUGUUGUUUUCUCACACAAGGCCUCUUGUUUACUUUUUAAACCAAUUAAAAAAAUAUAUGUAGUCCAUUGUUGGCCGCAUGAAUUGUAUCAGAUUGUACCUUUUCAAGCAAUUUGCUUUUGAUUAAGUUUUCUUGCACAUGUAAAUAACAUAAAAACCGGGCAACCAUGUUUGUGGUUCAAACCUAAAAGAGGCUAUAUAUUUUUCUUUUUAAUC